CAGUAUCUUCCUUUACAUUUGCCCUGUUUUCCCUCUCUCUAUCUCUCUCUCUCUCUCGCAGUGCCACCAUUUUUGUUUCGUUUCUGAUACUAAGAAAACGUAAGCUGCAUUGGCCGGCACAUGUUUUGUGAGAGAUUUAAGAGUAGAGCAGUGGCAGAUUUGAAUCAUCUUCUUCAUUAGUUUUCCAUAAAAUCCCAUGUUUUAAACAGAAAACGCCAUUUUAGACUGUAUUUUUUAAGGAAAAACCAGCUUUGCAGCGAUGGCUCAAGUUUCACCGAAUCUGCUGAUUCCGGAGUCGUUUCAAGUGUCGCGAGACGAUAUCACGGGCCAACUCGGUUUGAUUUGGGAGCUAAUCAAAGCGCCAUUGAUAGUUCCUUUACUGCAACUCGGUGUGUACAUUUGCUUAGUCAUGUCGCUUAUGCUCUUCUGUGAGAGGGUUUACAUGGGAAUAGUCAUUAUCCUGGUUAAGCUUUUCUGGAAAAAACCGGAGAAGCGUUACAAGUUUGAGCUCAUUCAAGACGAUGUCGAACUCGGCAGCUCAAAUUUCCCGGUCGUUUUAGUCCAAAUCCCUAUGUUCAAUGAAAAAGAGGUUUACAAGAUCUCCAUUGGAGCUGCUUGUGGACUUUCAUGGCCGUCCGAUCGUCUCGUGAUCCAAGUACUUGAUGAUUCAACUGACCCUGCAAUCAAGUUGAUGGUAGAGCAAGAGUGCCAGCGAUGGGCAAGCAAAGGGAUCAACAUAACGUACCAAAUAAGGGAAAACCGAACUGGUUACAAAGCGGGGGCUUUGAAAGAAGGGUUGAAACGGAGCUACGUUAAACACUGCGAAUACGUCGCCAUUUUAGACGCCGAUUUCCGGCCCGAACCAGAUUUCCUCCGACGGAGCAUACCGUUCUUGGUGAACAACCCUGACAUUGCUCUCGUUCAAGCUCGCUGGAGAUUCGUGAACUCGGAUGAAUGUUUGUUAACGAGAAUGCAAGAGAUGUCGUUGGAUUACCAUUUCACAGUGGAGCAAGAAGUUGGAUCAGCAACACAUGCUUUCUUUGGUUUUAAUGGGACUGCCGGUAUUUGGAGAAUUGCCGCCAUCAACGAGGCCGGUGGGUGGAAGGAUCGGACCACCGUGGAGGACAUGGACCUCGCGGUCCGAGCUAGUCUCCGGGGUUGGAAAUUCGUUUACCUCGGUGAUCUUCAGGUGAAAAGCGAACUUCCUAGUACUUUCAAGGCGUUUCGAUUCCAGCAGCAUCGAUGGUCUUGUGGCCCUGCUAAUCUGUUCAGGAAAAUGGUGUGGGAAAUCAUUCAGAAUAAGAAAGUCAAAUUCUGGAAGAAAGUAUAUGUUAUCUACAGCUUCUUCUUCGUACGAAAGAUCAUUGCUCAUAUGGUCACCUUUUGCUUUUACUGUGUUGUUCUUCCCCUUACCAUUUUGGUCCCUGAAGUUAAAGUCCCUAUUUGGGGAGCCGUUUAUAUUCCUUCAGUCAUCACCAUUCUAAACUCUGUCGGAACUCCGAGAUCGAUCCACCUAUUGUUUUACUGGAUUCUGUUCGAGAACGUGAUGUCGUUGCACCGGACUAAGGCGACAUUUAUUGGUCUCCUCGAGGCAGGUAGAGCCAAUGAAUGGGUUGUUACUGAGAAACUUGGAGAUGCUGUCAAGAAAGCAGCAGCCGAUGCUGCUAAGAACAAGAACAAUACCAAAUCAUUCAGAAAGUUUAGAUUCAAGUUCACUGACAGACUGAAUACGUUCGAGCUGGGAUUCUCGGCAUUCCUUUUCCUUUGCGGAUGCUACGAUUUCGUCCACGGGAAGAACAACUACUUCGUAUACCUCUUCCUGCAAACCAUCACAUUCUUCAUCACCGGGAUCGGCUACGUCGGCACCAUCAUUUAGUAAAAACACCACUCCCCACAUUGGCAAAAAAGGUUUCACGUGCAGCAAUUGGACUGCAAAAGUAUCAGUGUAUCAGUUAUUUUUAGUUAUUUUUCAAACAGAAAUAGUUUCAUUAAACAUAUUCAGCACUGUCAGUCACCAUAUCUCCCCCAAGAUGACUGAUGUUAGUGGAGAAUUUCACCAGCAAAAGAUAGAAAUGGUGCGAUUGCCAAUAUAUAUUUAUACAGAGUGAAAAAGAAAAAACAUUGCUUUUGGAUAGUUUCCUUUGGACAAUUUGCUUGUAUUGUGCGGAUUUUUUACUUUUUA